UGGUCGGGUUAGCUGCGUUUCAUCUGCAUGCUACUUGAAUUGGAUUGCUUUAGAAUUUUAGUUUUUUGAGACUACAAAGCUUGAAAUAUGCAACUAGCUAUGGGCCAGAAGCAGUUUAACUUAGGUGCACGCAGUGUUCUUGCAAACCAGUGAUGUAAAUGUGCCUUUUUGUAUUUUUUGGAAACUUAAAUUUGUAAUCUUCAGCAACAUUUGCUUACUUCAAGCAGCUUCUACUUCUCAAUUUCCUUUCAGUAGCGUUCGCUCUGUAACAUUAAGGUCUUGGGCAAUGGUAUCCAGCAUGGUCCCUUUGAGACAUGGCCAUGGGAUCACAAUGCAAUCAUGUCAGUCUUGUUCUUGCAGCAGGUGGUGGUAAGGACUCAGCCAUAUGCAUUGCUGGAACAAGUACAUUAUAAAGCCUUUCCUAAUUUAACUUUCUCCAACUGCAAACCCAAAACUGCCAGUUUGUUGUGGCAACACAAGUAUUUCUCUUCCUGGUGGAGAACUUUGCUUAUCCACUGUAUUCUAGUCAGUGUGGUGUCAAAAAAAAAAAAAAAAAAAAGAAAAAAGAAACUGAGCACUGAACCAGUAACAUAUACUGCACCUGGUCUAGCAUUACAUUUUUAACCUUACUUGUAUAGCCUAUAUUUAUCUACUAGCUUGGGGGGGUGGGGGUGUGUGUGGAAUAUCUGAUUUCAUUUAAGCCAAAUGUUUUGUUUCUACUGACUGCUGAUCAUAGUACACAUGAACUGGCAAGAAUUUUUUUUCUUGCUUGUGACUGCACUGCAAGCAACAACUGCUCUCUACAGUUCAAGAGACUUGCAUAUUUUUUACCAAAAUUUGUCUGAUCAAAGGUUGUCCUUUUGCUAGUAAUUGUUUAGCCAGGUAUACAACUAGAGAUGAGAUCUAUGUAGAAAAAAAACUGCAAGACGUCCAGCUCUCCGACUACUUCUGCUUUAGUGUGUUGUAUAGGGAGCUGUUAAGUGCUCAUUAUGCAAAACCCUAAGGCGCUGACAAAGAGAGCUCCUUCUCAGAAGGUGCUUGCCAGGUGGUGACAGGUGUCUGCCUGAGAGCUGAAAACUUCCAGGCAGGCAGGGACAGUGGACUUUUCUAAGGAUUUUGCUAAAUCAAUGGCAAGCAUAACGUGCUGGUCAAAGGUUUCCACAGCGUUCCAUUACUGAUAUGUCUGUGUCUUACUGAUGAGGUCAUCAGCACCUUGAAAACUGAUUCCAGUGUGCUUUAGGAUAACCUCAAGUACUGUAGUGCCAUAGUUGUAAUUGUUUUACCAUUAAAAUCUAGUGUGUAAUUAUCAGUGAGGAUUACUGACUGUGCUCAUCUUAUGUGUUUCUGGAGCAUUUCCAGGUUGAAUGUGAAUUAUAUCUCAUUCACACAGUGUGUUUAUGGAAAAUGUGCCAUUAAAGUGUCUCCUUUCCUUAGAAAAUGAAAUUCCUCUUGUCCUUCCACAGGCUUGCAGAAUAUCACUAGUGUAAAUAUUAUGAACACGGAUGGCAGAGUAUUUUAGCUUGUUCUGGAGAAAAUAAAGGAAAUUGAAGUGUUCCCACUAUUUAACACCUCUACCAAAACAGCAUCUAAACCCAAAGAGGCCCUGCUGUUCAGUUUUAAAGGGCUUUGUCACCCAACAGCUGUUAAUUUUUGGGUCAGAUUGUGGUGUGUGUCCUGUGUGUGGUUAGUGUCUCUCCUCACAACGGUAACCAACCUUGUCAUUCAAGUUUGCUUGUUGUUUGGUUUUUUUUGUAAAUAAUACUCCUGUGUUUAUUACAAGUCUGAGCAGUCUUGACUAUUUAAACCUGCUCAAAAAUGAAGGUAAAAUCUGAAAAAGAGGAAGGGACAGAGCGGGUGUUGCAAAUGUUAGUCUGAGAAUGAAGAACAACCACUGCUGGCACACCAUUUAAGCUGUUUUCCAGUGAUUGCCUUACCUGGUAUGUGAAUUCAUCUAUUCUUUUCAUCCCUUUCGUGGCUUCAGAAAGCACUCAUGCCAUAGUCCAUAGCCUGUUUCUGAGCAGGGGUAGGGAGCAGAGAUCUCCUCAUUUCAAGGAGAAUAUUAAAUGACAAGGAUAUGAAACCCAAAAGCCUGGCAACUGUUAAGCACAGUUUACUGUAUAUGAUUGAUAGAAAAUUGCUAACGCUAAAGAAUUAAACAGAUCUGCAUUUGCCAUUUUUUUGAGUCACUCUGUGUAGACAUGCACGUUACUCAAGCACAGAUAAGAAGCUAAAAUAAUUGUUGCAGACUGCAAAUGAGUUUCAAAUCUUAUUUUUCAGAGUUGCAUUUCAAACUACAUUCUCAGGGUAAGAAGGAAAAGAUGAACUUUGGUUCUUUUCAACCUUAUCACGUAUUGAAACAAACCCAAAUAAAAUGCAUAGGUACAUAAAAUCUCCCAGCUACUAAAAAUGUGCAAGCUACUUCAGAAAUUCCUGCAGGGCUUUUUUCCUGUUAAUAUCUACUCAUUAGUUAAAUGUAUUAUUUUCCUGUAUUAACACCAGCCAGAAGAUAGGCACGAAUUACACUACUGUCAAGCAUUUGUAUUUCACAAACCUGAGAGUCUUUUCAUGGCAUCAGUUACAGGGCUGUUCAUUGUGGCUUUUACUUCCAACCUGUCAUUUGCUGUAGCUUUAUUUUUUCUUUUAGGAGAGAAGUUUUGCUAAAGUUUCUCUUAUUACUGGAAAACACACACUUUUAUUCCUAAAACCACUUCUGUAUCUCAUUUUCCUACCAAAAGUGCCAAAUCUACAGUAACAACUAAACCUGCAAAAAUUUAAACACCACAAGAAAACUUGUAAAACAUCAGCUAAUAGAAAACAUCUAGUAAAAGCACAAGCCUACAGGCCGCCAACUGUAGACUUGCUCUUCCUGCUUAUCAUUACUUUCCUCAUGCAAUAUGUGGGGAAACAGCUAGCAGUGUUUAUUCAAAUAACAGUGUGCAGGAAACUGCCCGUAAGCCUGAGGCUUGUAAAUUGAAGCUGCAGACUUCAAAAUGGGCAAACACAAAGCGCCCAGGGAAUUUCCAAACUCAUUUUACAAGCUGGUUGUGAAUGUUCAUUAUCCAGUCCUUCAACAUGAAGCAAGAGUGCAACCUUAGGAAAAAAAAAAAAAACCCCAAAGACCAAAUCAAGGCUAAAAUUGUGAUAUACUGCAAAAGCAAACUUCUGCUCAGCAAGCCAAAUCCUCUGAACUUGAGAGGCUGGCAAAGCUAUUCUGUGCAGCAGUAACUAUGCCCUGCUCUGUGCCCCCUCUCCCCCCCCAAUAACAUGUCACAAGAACUUUGCUAAACUUCACAAGUGACUAAAAGGAAAGAAAUCCCUUUUAAGGCAGUGUUUUGUGACAGUCAAGUGCUGCUAUUCUACAGUCCCAUUCCAUUCCCUUGUAGAAACAACAAAAGUUUCAUGUACAGCUGUUUCUUUUCCUUUCCCUGUUCUUAGCUUCUGCCCCAGUUGGUCGCCAAAAAUAAACACCAUUCCACAACCAUAUAUGUGUAACAGCCUUCUGGUGCUUCUGAGCCCUCUCCAGGACUGCUGUUACCCCACAAGGCCAGGAGGCUGUCUUCUUUCUGACACACUCUGACAUACAAUGCAUAUAACCCAGCUGAAUCAGGAAUGUCUUUUACAUCUGUUUUCUUUUCUGGACAAAAAUAGCAGGAAAAAUCUAGCAAGAACAUGUCACAAGCUGCUAGAAGUGUUUCAGGAUCCUUUACUGUGGUCUUUGUUGAACUUUCAUUCUCCAGCGGAACUAAAGAAGGAUAAUUUUCUCCUGGGACCUGCUUUAAAAUACUUAUCCAUCUGCUGGUAUUCAGAGAGAGUGAAGGUGUGUAACAUUGAGGACUGGAUGAAAAACAAUUUCCAGAAAGACUUCUGUAACAGGCAUGAAAACACUGUCAAUGAUUUUUUACUAGGCGUUUGCAACAGAUGUCCAAACCUGCUAUCGCUGACCCUCUCGGGAUGCGGCCAUGUUACAGACGAUUGCAUCUUGCUUCUUCUCAAGAACUGCCCAAACCUAAAGACACUUAAGCUGGAAAACUGUGUGCGGAUCACUGACCAGACACUAGAAGCAGUGACCCUCUACGGAGGAUCACUGCAAACGCUCCACGUGGAUUUCUGCCGGAACAUAACACAAACUGGUCUAGAGAGAGUCAGGGAAAAAUGUCCUUCGGUAGUGCUGAGAGCAGAGAGAAGUGCUACCAUGAUUCCAGACAAUAAACCAGGAAAAAAGUUGAUGCUUGAAAAAGCAUCAAGGAAAUUGGGUCACCUUUAAGUGCAAUGAAUUGUAUAAACUCAGUCAA